UCGCGCCAUUUUUAUUCAAAACUUCCGUUGGGGCUCCGAGUGAAAUGCGGCAGUUGCGACGCGGGAAAUGGCGUCUUUGAGCCGCAGCGUGGUGGGGGUGUUGGUGGAUUGCAAUAUAUUUGGGCCAUUUUGUUCUCAUAGAUAGGAUGUGCCCUAAAUUAAUGUUGCAUUGCACACUAUUGGACUUCAUGGUUCUCUGAUGGCAGGCCCAUCCGGGUACUUCUCGGAUGCCUCGUGGUAUGGCACGGACUGCACCCCCGCCGAUCAACCCGACACUGAUUUCGUGGACGAGCCGUCUUCGUUCAUCGACCAUCAGUACACCAUCACUCACUCUACGCCCAUACAGCCGGCGCGGCCCUUCACAUCCACACACAAGACCGUAAAAAGAAGACUCAACCUAGAUUCUCCUCAGCAUGAUGCGACUUUCAAAACUCCAAAUAAGACGCCCCUGCACAGAAGAGCGAGGUAUCUCUCGGGUGAUUACCCGUCGCCCAGUCCGUCUAAGCAGGCUGACACGUCAGGGAGUCUGCCAUCGCCCGCGGAGCGGUCCCGACAUGAGACCUCGCUCGGCACGCUCACCAAGCGAUUUGUGGGCCUGGUGCGAGCCGCUGGUGACGGCGUGAUCGACCUGAACCAGGCCGCCCAGCUGCUGCGCGUCAAGAAACGCCGCAUCUACGAUAUCACCAACGUGCUGGAGGGGGUCGGCCUGCUGGAGAAACGCUCCAAGAACCGUGUUCGUCUGGCGGAGGCGGCCAGCGCGGCGGAUGCCGGGCGCGCCGACGCCGAGCGGCUCGAGCGGCAGCUGGACCAGCUGCUGGUACUGGCCGGCCGGCUGGCCGAGCAGCGCCCGCCAGCCUAUGUGCGCUACCAGGACCUGCGCGGCCUGACGGGCCGGCGCGACUGCACCGUGCUGGCCAUCCAGGCGCCGCCAGAGACCACGCUACGUGUACCUGAUCCGGCACAGGAGGGUGUCUACCAGCUGCACUUGCGCUCGGAGACGGGCGAGAUUCAGCUGCUGCUGUGCCAGGACGACCUGCGGCCGGAGCGCAGCCCGCGGGACGACUCUGCGCUGACCGGCAGUCAGAGUCCUCUCCCCCCGCCCUCGCGGACCCCGUCAGACACCCGUACCGACGACUCCCUCCUCACCGGCGCCGAGUCCGGCCUGGGCGACUCGCUGCUGGACGGCCUGUCCGGACCGCGAGUCAAAGUGGAGCCCGUGGAGACGGUCCGGCUCGGCUCGGUCGGAUACGGCACGGACUGUAUCAGUUCGGAGCCGGAGCGGUCACCGCGCGCGGAGCGGCACGACGGGAGGGGCGGCGACACCGAACCGCAGCCGCAGACGUCAGCUGCUGCGGACGCCGACCUGGCCCGCCUGGAGCAGAGCGACGACUUCCUGGCCAUCGAGCCGCCACUCUCCGAGGCCGACUACUCGUUCUGCCUGGAGGCGUCCGAGGGCGCCAUCGACCUGUUCGACUUCUCGUUCUGAAGGUGUCACACUGCCAGCUAGGCAGAGGUGUCCUGGAUGAUGACUCGUCAGAGGCGCUCUGACUUGCGUCUCGCGACUGCGCCCGUUAGGAGCCGAUCGCGGCGAAUGGAUGGGGUACAUCCAUGGUCGGAGAGAUUGGCUCCAGAGGAUUGUGAUUUGUGUGUACUCAUUCACUGUGUGAUGUCAUCGAAUCAGUGUCUCAUUGCAAGUUUUUAUAAGAGCAUGUAACAAUGGUAUAAAAUUAGGCACCAACCUGUCUAGAAACAAACUGUUUUCUCCCGGUAGCUGUGAUCCGAUCAAUCCUUCUGCAGGAGUUUCUCUUCGAGGAGAGCUGCGGUGGCCAGCCGAUGUAUUGUUCUGUGUGAUUCUGUCGGCUAGCGAAAUUCAUCUUCGUUUUUACCUGAAGGCUACGGCUGGCAAGCGGCUUUUUUACAUGUGUUGUAUACCUGAGCUCUGCGCAGUAGCGCGACCUUCUGUAAUUGUGAUUGGUGCUUGAGUAGUGUGCUCUGAAAAACCGUAGAUGUUUUCAGAUAGUUUUUUUUCAGCGUAAUAUUGUUUUAUGUAUUAGUUAUUUUGUUUUAUAUUUUAUAGUGAGCCGAUUAAUAUUUUCUGAACCCUGUACCUGUUGUAAUGUAGAAGCAAUCUGGAUUGGUUUGUGGGUGCACUGAACGCAUUCAGGUAGGUUUACCUGACUGGCCACUCUAAUCCAGCACAAAUGGGUUAUGGAUUAUCGCACAGGUGGCAUUCACUGUAUAUUCAGAGCACUGACAUACGUUGUUUGCUAAUUAAGGCACGUGAAAGUCCCGAGUCUUGUACGCGACAGCCCGCACAACGUUCUACCGCGGCACCGGCUGCGCAGGCACGCCUUCCCUUUGAUUCCUGCCACAUGGCAAGCGCAAAUGUGGAGUGUGUUCGAUUUGCUACUCUUCUGUGCUUUCAAGUGCGACAGCGUGCCCAGUCGGCCGCAGGACGGGCGGCGCGCGGCUCCAGAUUUCGGCUACCUCUUGUGACUGAGGUGCGCUAUUUGCGCGUUUAUCCUCAACGCGCUCUUGGUGUCUUGCUUUCAUUCUGGUUUUGUUUGAUUAAUUUCUUGGGCUCUAAAGCGUCCAGAUUCAUUUUAUAUUGUACUUAUGUCUGUGUCUUGUUUUGUUUGGCAAUCGCGCCUCGUUUUCUCCCGAAGGAGAAGCUUUAACAAAUGCUGAUUUAUGGAUUUCCUGUUCGGGAUGAGAUUGACCACUUCGUGACCUGAGAAUAUACAAACUGUGGCUCUUA